UACAUCGAAGCCAUCAGCAACAAGCAAGGUGAGCUGGAAAACUACGUCUCUGAUGGCUACAAGACAGCUCUCACGGAAGAGAGGAGACGGUUCUGCUUCCUGGUGGAAAAACAGUGUGCAGUAGCCAAGAGCGCGAUCACCUACCAUGCCAAGGGGAAGGAGAUGCUGACACAGAAACUGCCGCUGUGGCAACAGUCCUGCUCGGAUCCCAACAAGAUCCCGGACCGCGCUAUCCAACUGAUGCAGCAGAUGGCUGCCAGCAGCAAUGGCACCAUUAUGCCCAGCCCUCUGUCUACAUCCAAAUCCAACCUCAUCAUCUCUGACCCCAUCCCUGGUGCCAAACCUCUCCCUGUCCCCCCGGAGCUGGCACCUUUUGUAGGACGCAUGUCGGCGCAGGAGGCCAUGCCGGUGAUGAACGGAGUCUCAGGCCCAGACAGUGACGGGUACAACCACUGGUCUGAGAUGAAGCCAGCACAGCCCAAAUCUUUAUCUCCUCCCCAGCCUCAGAAGCAGCUGAGUGACUCUUACUCCAACACACUCCCAGUUCGCAAAAACGUGGCACCGAAAAACAGCUACGCCUCAGCUGAAAACAAGACACUGCCACGCUCCAGCUCCAUGGCUGCAGGGCUCGAGAGGAACGGCAGGACGAGGGUGCAGGCCAUUUUCUCUCAUGCUGCCGGAGAUAACAGCACCCUCCUGAGCUUCAAGGAGGGUGACCUCAUCACGCUGCUGGUGCCCGAGGCCCGGGACGGCUGGCACUAUGGGGAGAGCGAGAAAACAAAACUGAGGGGCUGGUUUCCUUUCUCCUACACACGGGUCCUUGACAAUGAUGGCAGCGAGCGGGUCCACACGAGCCUGCAGCAAGGGAAGAGCAGCAGCACCGGCAACCUGCUGGACAAGGACGACAUCGCCAUCCCGCCGCCGGACUACGGCAUGGCCUCCCAAGCCUUCCCAGCACAAGGUGCCAACACCUUCAAGCAGAGGCCAUACAGCGUGGCCGUGCCUGCCUUCUCCCAGGGUCUCGAUGACUAUGGGACGAGGUCCGUCAGCAGGUAA